ACAUGUUGAUUGAUUGUUACAAUAGAAACCAAAUCAAGCAAUCAUUAAUUAUUCCAAUCAAAAAGUUUGAUAAAAAUUGGUUAAGAUUAGUCCUUUCUCAAGCUAAACAGCCUUUCAAAAGGAUUAUCCCUAAAGGAUUAAGCUUUUGUUUUUAACGGCUUGGCGAGUUGACUCUGACUCUAUACCGUUGACUCUAUACCCAAAUGAUUAACCGUCUUAACCUAAAACGGAUUAGUUUCAAUAAAAUGUUUUCUGUUUCAAAUUAAUCAUUUUGUGUUCCUUUCCAAGUGAUUUUACUGUAAAUCAACAGAGAAAAUAAAUCAACACCAAUUAGAAAUUUGUUCCCUGUGUUUCGUCUUUAAUUGUGGAUAAAUUUGGUCUUUUAGAUGUGAAUUUUGACCAUUUAUUGUGACACUUUCUCUAAACACAUUUGAUUCCUUGGAUCAUCUUUACCUUUGAUCUCAUGACAACAGUAACUGACUCACCAGUCAAACGAAAACCAGUUCAAGAUACUCAGAUAAAAGAUCCAACAGUCGACAAUAUGUACAAAAAGAUAUUCGCAAUGUUAUCAGAAACUAUUUUAAAACGUGAAAUUGUCGAGGAAAGCGAUUCGGAGACACCAACACAGAACGAAGGUCAAGUAAAGGAUCUGAUUUUGACAAAUUACUUCCCGACACAUAAAGCAGACAAUGACGACCUUGCAAUACCUCGGACUCAGAGGAUUAACAAAGCCGGUGAUCCUGUCGGAGAAAAGUGUACCUGUCAUCAUCAUCAAGUUGUGGUUACCAAAUGAUGGCCAUGACUUUUUAUAAUUUCAUUCUUAAUUAUCCUCAUUUGUUAAUAAAAUAAAACACUAAUUAAGUGUAUCACAAUUUCACCAAACAAACAA